AAAAUCCAUCCACUCCCUCCAAGAUCUGUCUCUCUCUCUCUCUAUAUAUCUCGCCGUGACUGAAAUACACCAUAAAGUUCAGAUCUUUUCGUCUCUCCCUCUCUCAUCGGAGCUUCUCCGUCUUCUGCCGCAAUGGGGAAGGGUGGGUCAUUAAGCGACGGCGUUUUGAAGAAGAUCUUGCUCUCCUACACCUAUGUCGCGAUCUGGAUCUUCCUCUCCUUCACGGUUAUCGUCUACAACAAGUACAUCUUGGACAAGAAGAUGUACAAUUGGCCUUUCCCGAUCUCGCUGACCAUGAUCCACAUGUCGUUCUGUGCAACCCUAGCUGUUCUCGUGAUCAAGGUCUUCAAAUUGGUGGAGCCGGUCACGAUGUCGUGGGAUCUCUACUUCUCCUCCGUCGUCCCCAUCGGAGCUCUGUAUUCUCUUUCUCUCUGGCUCUCUAAUUCGGCUUAUAUAUAUCUGUCUGUCUCAUUCAUUCAGAUGUUGAAAGCCUUGAUGCCGGUCGCCGUGUACUCUAUCGGAGUGCUCUUCAAGAAAGAGGGUUUCAAGAGUGACACCAUGAUGAACAUGGUUUCGAUCUCGCUCGGAGUCGGCAUUGCUGCUUACGGUGAGGCCAGAUUUGAUACUUGGGGUGUGAUUCUGCAACUGGGUGCCGUCGCUUUUGAGGCCACUAGAUUGGUUAUGAUCCAAAUCUUACUUACAUCUAAAGGGAUCACUUUGAAUCCGAUUACAUCUCUGUAUUACGUUGCUCCAUGUUGCUUGGCUUUCUUGUUUCUGCCAUGGAUCUUUGUCGAAUACCCUAUUCUGAGGGAGACAUCGAGUUUCCAUUUCGAUUUUGUGAUCUUUGGUACCAAUUCAUUGUGUGCGUUUGCCUUGAAUCUUGCCGUGUUCUUGCUUGUGGGCAAGACCUCGGCGUUGACCAUGAAUGUGGCCGGCGUGGUCAAGGAUUGGCUUUUGAUCGCAUUCUCUUGGUCGGUGAUUAAGGACACUGUGACGCCCAUCAAUUUGUUUGGGUAUGGAUUGGCCUUCUUGGGAGUUGGAUACUACAAUCACUCCAAAUUGCAGGCUUUAAAGGCCAAAGAAGCGCAGAAGAAGGCAGCACAGACUGAUGAGGAAGCUGGGAGGCUUUUAGAGGAAACAGAUGCCAAGAGAAGUGAAUCCGAGAACUAAUAAUUUUUUUGGCAUAAUUUAUCUGAGAAUUGAUUUUAGUUAAAAUAGACUUGAAAAGGAGGAGAGUAUGAGCAAUAAGAGCAAAUGAGGAGGAGGAAGGGUUUGGAGCAAGAGGAAAUUGAUAGCCUGAUAGCAUUGUUUCCUCAUUGGGAUGGUUUUGAACUCACGAUGUUGUUUUAGAUUUAAGUUUAUUGUGCUUACUGGUUAUGGUUGCCCCAUUGUAUGUCAUUAGAUCUCGAGUCCAAGUUCGCUUUGUUUUUGCUUCAUAUGUAGUAACCUUUUUAAUCAAUGCUUAUUUCUUUCAUUCCUGGGUUUA